GAUGCUAGGAAACAGCGGUGAUAAGAGUUUUCGGUAACGAAACAAACAUCAUUCUAUCAAAGUGUGACUUGUUUGUGUAUAUUUUUAUCAGCACGAAAUACGGAAUAAUACUAACGGAUAGCCAAGCAUAAUAAUGGAAAUUUACAUGAAACCGUUGCCACAUAUAUAUCAACUUCCCAUACAACACUUCCCGCAUUAAUAUUAUUUAUCUUUUUUCCGACGAAUUGGUCUGUGCAUUCUAAGAGAAUCCUUCGAAUCACGCGCUUCUUUAAAGUAGAAAUUUUAUUCGACAUUAAUGAUUUUAUUUUGUACCCAUUUUACAUUUCUUGAGAAACGAAAAAGGUCAAUAGGGUCAACGUGUUAUCAUCAUUAUCUGUGUUUUUGACAUCAUUACGAGUGAAAAAUAAAAUUCCUUUUUUAUGUGGAUUUAAAUAAUGAAAAUUGAAUAAAAUGGUGUCACGAACAAACGAUAUGAUGGGUUUUUAUGAGCAGAAAUUCAACGAUAACAUUCACGAAUUGCGUUGUCUAAUUGAAGAAGACAUAGAGGCGAUAAAGGAAUAUAUAAUUGAUUUUGAAAGUAGUAUUCAACAUCGUAGCGAUCCUGCGCACAACAUACACAGAUUGAAUGGUGAAAUCGGAAGUCAACUACUGUCUUGUAUGGGUGAUACUAAUCAGAUAUGGUUGCGGAAUUAUAAAAAAUAUAGUCAAAUCGUGUGCUCCAUUCAAAUCAUCAUCAAAUUGUUAAACGAUACACUACAAAUUCUCAUUGAAAAUUGUUUGGGAAAUUGGAAACGCGAUCAGAUUGUGGCUGGAUUUGGCGAUGGAAACAUAAAAGUGCCAUCUAAUUUGCACGACAGGAAUGCACAGCUGAAAAGUGCACUUGAUGAUAUACAGCAAAAAUUCGAAGUGUUAUUUGAAUAUGCUUUGCAUACACGCGCAUUGUUGAAUGACAUUCACCAUUGUCAUAGUCAAUUGCACUAUGUUGACACUCUUGCAAUGGAAGCAUCUCAAGAGACUACCGCCAUUCUACACAAUUUGAUACAGUCGAGCUUUAUCAUUGACGAACAACCGCCGCAAGUCAUUAACAAGGAUAAAAAGUGAAUAUGAAUUUUCUUUUUUCAAUGCAGAACCGUUUUCAUCGGCGCUUUAAUUGAAAUCUUUUAACAAUGGAAUCUUUGGACACUCAUAUGGUUGCUUCAAUACGAGUUAUCAUUAUUAAAGAGUUUCACUUUUAUUUUAGACAUUUUUUUCAGAGCGUGUUAUGAGCUGACGUCAGCAGCACUAACU